AUGAGGUUGGUGAAGGAUCUGAUGGGCGGGGAGAUGGUGAAAAAAGAAGAAAAGGGCGGCGGCAGCGGCAGCAGUAGAAGAGGAGGGAGAGAAGAAGAGGGCGGCGGCGACUGCAGUAGAAGAGGAGGGAGAGUAGAAGAGGGCGGCGGCUGUGGUUGGAGAGGAAGAGGAGAGAGAGAAGCAGAGGGCGGCAGCGGCGGCUGCAGUAGAAGAGGAAGGAGAGAAGAAGCGGGCGGGGCAGCGGAGGCGGCGGCUGCAGUAGAAGGGGAGGGAGAGAAGAAGAGGGCGGCGGCUGUGGUUAGAGAGGAGUCCGACAAAUGA